AUUCAUUGUCAGCUUCCUGGAGCCAUUUUUUAAACAUCCAGGACGGAGCUUUCGACUUAAUCAAAUCCGUUGCAUCUUCCCGUUUUAGAAACGUAUCAUUUAUACAAUUUGAACGAAUGGACAUGUAAGAUAUUAGUCUAACUAUAUCCCUGAUUAUUUUGGGUCGAGCCGAGUCGGACUUUGUAGGAGAAAGUGCUCCAAAGUAGGGGCAAACGGACAUUUGACCCUGAAGAUGAGAAAGAGGGGAGUCCCGGAAAAAGUCCUAAUUUCAGGUGUCGGAGGCUCCUCAAUGGAUAAAAAACAAACGGUUCUGACCCGGUACAACAAUGCGACAUAUUAUCAGAUCUUAACACCUCCGCCCUGUCCGAACCAGACUAACAAUGUAGUUGUCGCAGACCCGACAGUGAGUCAGCUUUACACUACACCCAUAGGGGUGUCUACAAACGGGACCGGACCGCGACCAGCCCUCGGAAGACCCCCGGCGAAGCGUCGGUUGGAGCUGGAGGAGCGGGACCAGUACACCACUCAGCCAAUCAGUGAGCCCAGAGCUAAGAGAGCCACCACACACUCCCUCAGAAGAACCCAGACUCCCCCCUCCCCAUUAGAGAAGACCAGGUAUGACACAUCUCUCUGCCUGCUGACCCAGAAGUUUGUCCAGCUGCUGGCCCAGUCCAGUGACGGGGUGGUGGACCUGAACCGGGCCGCGGAGUCCCUCAAGGUGCAGAAGAGACGCCUCUAUGACAUCACCAAUGUACUGGAGGGGGUGCAUCUAAUCAAGAAGUCGUCCAAGAACAACAUCCAGUGGCUGGGCUGUAGCCUGUCUCCAGAAGGAGUGGCCAGUGACCAGACCCCUGGCUCUGUGGGUAAAGAACUGCUGAAGUUGACCCAAGAGGAGAAGAGACUGGACCAACUCAUAAACAGCUGCACACUCAUCGUCCAACAGAUGACUGAAGAUACACCCACAAGGAAGUUUGCGUACAUAUCGUAUGAUGAUGUGAAAAGGAUUCCUAGUCUGAAUGACCAGACGGUCAUCGUGAUCAAAGCCCCUGCUGAAACCAGACUGGAGGUGCCAGACCCUGCAGAGAGUCUCCAGGUCCACUUGAGCAGCACCCAGGGUCCAAUAGAAGUCUUCCUGUGCUCAGAUGAUCACGCCCCUUCCUCUGCGCUGAACGGAAAUGGACAUCCCCCCUCAUCUUCGUCAUGUGUCACUGGAAACUCCACAUCCUUCCUCAAGGUGUCACAAGAGGGUAAUAACUGCACCGGUAACGGUUUCUCCAACGCCCUGUCCAGGCUCCCAGCAUGCUCAGCGGUGACUGUCACUCCUGUCUCCCCCCUGCCUUCCUCCCUCACCUCCCUCCUCCCCCUCCAGGAUGUUGACCAGGAGCCCUUCAUCCCACUCUCUCUCGUGGGGGAUGACUACCUGCUUAGCCUGGGCGAAGACGAAGGCAUCAGCGACCUGUUCUCCUACGAUCUGGACCGGCUUCCACUAGACAACCUGCUCUGUAAUUGAGUGAAAUGUAAUCUCGGCGGCCAUUUUGGGGAAUUUUAGUUUGGCCAUUUUGGAGCCAGAUUCAUAGUCCCAAUGUGGUCGUUUCCAGUUAUAAAGAACUGAUUUGGAGCCCAGUGGGCUCUAUGGAAUGCAGCACAGCAGCCAUUUUGGAUCAAGGCUUUGUUUUCUUGACCUUGUGGACUGGACUGCUCAUAGAGGACCUGCUGUGUAAUUGACCCCUGGCCAGCGACGAGAGAAGGGGAAAUACCUGCUCUUGCUAUAGAGCUGAUCAAAGGAAGUAAGUUUCAGUUCAGACUCUGACUGUAGGGGUGAAUUCUGUGGCAGAAAGCAUGGACAAACCUCUUCUCAAAGCCUGUCUUUCUGGUCUUGCACUGACAGGCAAACCAACAUCCUAAACAAUCACUCACUCUCCAUAGCAGACUGUUAUCAUAAUGAACUGUUCUCAUCUGAAAACACAGAUUGUCCCGUACAGAGAUGGGUUAUGGAUAUUAACCCCUGGACACAGAUUCUUACCCAUAUCUACCAUUGUGUGACUGUUAUCUGUCAACUUGUUUUAUAAUGUGAUGUACUGGAGACCCAACGAUAGGUGCUGCUUCUCAGCUCAUCAGAGUGGAGCAGACCUGGUAUCUACGUCCCAAGAUGGUGAUGUCUGCCUGGGCAUCCAUUAUUUUGUAAAAAAUUUUCUCGAGAGUACCCUGGUCUUCCACAUGGAGCCUUCUGACACAAUACUGGAAGAGCCUGAAUGGUAUUGUUCAGAUAACCAGAGUAUCUACUGAAAGGUGGGCCUUCUCCUGAUUCAACGGUUCACUACACAAUUGGUGUAUGUUUUUGUUUUGCUGUUUUAGAGGAGGAAGUGAAUAUUGCUCCUGUUGGCUUGUGAGACAUCCACUACAUGUUCCUUUACUGCCGUCCUUAAACUGCUUCAAUAUCCAGGGAUGAGCAAUGUGCCUCCACACACACACACGCACACACACACACACACACACACACACACACCGCCCAUGCAAGAGUCAUGUAGACAAGCCCCCGUUUUGUUUUAGCCACUGCAGCCAUGCUACUUAUUGAAUAACUAACGCAUUAACCAACUCAUUUCUCGGGGCUCCCAAAUUACUUUCUACUUGAAAUACAAUUUUAUUACUUAAUAAUUCGAAUGUACAAAUGGAUUAAUAAUUUUUUUGUGCCAGAUAUUUUAAAAUGGUAGAAUGUGUUUUUUUUUUGUUGUUAUUUUAAACUUAAACCCAAUCAUUAACCCAUUGAUAAAAAUGUAUAUCCAUUUUUUUUUUUUUUUACCCCUUCGAUUGGUAUAGACUGUGACCUUUUUAAACUACCCAACCGUACUAUAUAUUCAGCUUUCCUUUGUGGGCUGAACCUGUUUGGUUUUAGAGAAGUGUUUUACUAGAUGGGGUCCUAUUGCCUUUACUAGUGUAUGGCGUUUGACCAGAGCUCUAUGGGUUGAUGACAGAACUUACUAAGAAGUCCUUUUUUGAGUCAAUUGACUGAUAUGAAAGUUUAUUGGAGAACAGACAGACAUGUCUUGAAUGGAAUGAUACACAACACUAAGACGGGCAAUACAAUAUAUAUAGUUUUUUAUUUUUAUAUGCAAGUCAUUUCUAAGGUACUGUACUAGAAGCUGUUUUUUUUAAGGCAUUCUGUUGAUAGCUUGGCUUACCAGUCUGUUUCUGCAUUGUUUGUAAUGACAAUGAGUUGACGUGAUGACACAAACAGAUCUGGGACCAGGCUAGUCUUGAUAUUUCUCCCAGGUGUAUGUCCAUACCUGUAUAGCACAUGUUCAUAUGAAGUGGCCUCGGUUUGAGGUUGUCUUUUUGCACAGCUGUCCCGUAUGAGUUUCAUGUCUAUGUGCUUUUGAGUUGUAUACCGCCUGGUUUCCUAGUCUGCCUGCUUGCAGUCAGGCUAGCCUGGUGCCACCUCUGUUUUGCAUUAUCACGUCAACUCCUUGUCAUAAUGAACAUGAUGGCACAAACAUCUGGUAGCCUGUUCCAAGUAAGUCGGAAAUGCAGCCGUCGAUUUUAUCCUCAAUACCGUAGUGGAUUUCAGUAACUACUCUUGCUGUCCCUCAGGAGUAGGGUGACGUUGUCCCAGGAUGCUGAUCUUGGGUCAGUUUUUGCAUUCGACUAAUGCUUAGGCUUUGGGAAGCGGAAUCUGAUCCUAGAUCUGUAUCUAAGGGAAACUGCACCUUGGUGUACUGUCCCCUGGCCAUCUAUGUUUUAUGUUAUGUCUUUUUCUCUGCAGUUUUUCCUUUUUAGAUCGUGGACUCUUCUAUUAACUUUUUUUUUAAAUGUGAUUUAUAAAUAAAUAUCGAAACGAUUUUUA